AUGGUUAACUGCGGUCUCGUCUUUCUCUGUCUGGCAAUCGCCGCCAAAGCAGUGAGCCCUGAAUCUUUAGAUUCGGAUAUUUCCAUUAUCAUCCACAAUGACUUGCUUGAAAGUCCUUUGGCCGAUUCAGGAGUUGUUGUCCUCGACGCGAGGAACUGGCAGGAAGCCACUGAAAGUUGCCAAAAGCUAGGGGAGAGUCUCUGGGACAUUGCUUCCGGUCAUCAAGACGUCCAGAAUAAUUUAGACUAUCUUGUAUACCAGGGCAAAUACCACCAUGGCCAACAGUUUUGGACUGCCUCCAACCACCGCAAGCUGUCGACCAUCGACACAAAUGGUCGAAUCAAUAGAGCUUCUGCACACGAAAGACUGCCUGUCAUCUGCACACAGCGUGCUCCCUACUCGAAUAUGACAUUCCAAGAUACAAGUGCUCAGUGGCAGGUGACUGUCAACUCCAAUAACGAGUAUAUCACUGGAUUCCGAGAUCGAGUCAGUUUCCGCUUCCUAGGAAUUCGCUAUGCUAAGCAACCCAAGCGAUGGACCUAUUCCCAAUUGCGCAAGGGAAAUUCCAAAAAGGUCUCAGCUCUGGACUAUGGCUCGGACUGCGCACAAGGCACAGAAGGCUCUGAGGACUGUCAUUUCCUCAACGUAUGGACUCCAUACCUCCCCAAUGGCAAACAAAACGGUAUAAAAAAGAAGAACCUCAAACCUGUAAUGUUCUGGAUUCACGGCGGAGCUUUCACCGGCGGCACUGGCAGUGACCCGACAAUGGACGGCGGCAAUCUAGCCUCGAGAGGAGAUGUAGUGGUUGUCACCAUAAACUACCGUCUAGGGGCACUUGGCUUCCUCGCGCUUAAUGAUGGCAAGACCAACGGUAACUACGGUCUAGCAGACCAAAUCACAGCACUGGAGUGGGUUCGUCGGAAUAUCCAGGACUUCGGCGGUGAUCCGAACAGAAUCACCAUCUUCGGCCAGUCGGCCGGUGCAGCCUCGGUGCGGGCACUGCUCGCCUCACCUAAAGCACGAGGAAAGUUCGCCGGCGCCAUCAUGCAGAGCAAUCUCGGCGGCUUGGCUUACGGCACGACCUACUCGAAGUACUACACCAUCCAACAGGAGAUGGACAUUGUGGGACAUGCUAUUCUCAACGAGACAAACUGCACGCAUGCUGUCUCGCCAGUAGAGUGUCUCCGAGCACUCCCCGCAUCAACAAUCGCGAACCUCGCAAACUCGGCACGGUACCUCGUCGUCGAUGGCGUCUACCUCCAACACUCAGAGCUAGAUCUAAAACACCCAUCAUCAACAGCCAAGGUACCUAUACUAUUGGGCACAAUGAGAGACGACGGCGCCGCAUUCAUCAGCUAUCCCACAGCAGGCCAAACCCUAAAAUCCUUCCUCAAUGAAUCCGGCCUCCCCGACACAAUCGCCCCAAGCCCUCUCUUCCCCGUCCCUUCGACCGCAAACAAAACCCUCGACAUCUUCAACACCACAUCCCGUAUAGCCACAGAUGGAAUGCUCCGCUGCAUCGACGAGGCAACCGUGCAAGCAGGCUUGCAGCACCGCAUCUUCCCGGAUAUCUACUACUACGAGUUCAACCGCUCGUACCAGAUGCCCGGGUAUUCACCCAAUUUCCCGGUGUGCAACGCACCUAUCACGGCCGAGUUCCCCGACGGUGAUCCCAGCCAGGAGUACUUCAAGUGCCAUUCUGGAGAGCUGUUUUAUGUAUUUGCGAGUUUCCGGCGUCAGGGCUUGCCGUUCCGGGAUGAGUUUGAUUUGCCUAUGUGUUGGAUUCUUGGGCGAGUUUUGCGAGGACGGCGAGGCCGACGCCUGAUAGGGGGGUUUUUGAAGGCCAGGGGGUAUGUUAAUACGAGUCGGGAGAUUGAGAAGACAGGAGAAUGGGAGCGGUUUGGAAAGAGUCGCCAGAUGAGGCUGCUUCAGUGGCCGUCUGGGAUGAGGGAGUUGGGUGAGUUGGAGCAAUGUCGGGUGUUGGGGUUGUCUUUGGAUUAUUAUGUUUGA